CUGCGGUCUUAAGCUAAGGUGGCAAGUAUGGCGCCGUCCAGUGUUGUGUUUAUGGAAUAUGUAAAUAUGAACCGCUAAUCGGACCACGUCUAAAAACAUGGAAAGAGUGCUGCCAGAAAAGUCGGAGCCGACGGCAACUUUAUGCUUUCCGAGAGAUGUGUUCAUGAAGGAAAACUUCUCAGUGGACACCUUCGUUAGCGAACAUCGAAAGCAUGCAAGCCUAGAGAAGCUUCGAGACGAUCUUGGAAUUCACCUAAAGUUCUUACGCUCAUCGAUGAUAGAACUUAUUAACAAGGACUACGCAGACUUCGUUAACUUGUCAGCUAAUCUUGUUGGGCUUGACAAGUUCAUUAAAAAUAUAUCCCAGCCUUUGGAGCAGCUGAAGCAAGAAGUCAAUGACGUGAAGGCAACCGUAGAUGACAUCCUGAAGCAGUCACAAGAGCAGCUAGAGAAAAGGCGCAAAAUUCGAGAGAAAAAGGCCCUGAUACAGCAUGCAAAAUUUGUGUGCAAAAGUGUGGAAAAGGUGGAGCGUUUGCUUCCUCCUCUGUCUGCUGAUGGCUCAAGGAGCUGGAACAAUGAUCAAGUUGAGCAGCUUGCUACAGAAGUCAACCAAAUCCUGUUCUACCUCGAGAAAUGCUACCAGGUGAAACUCGCUGGCGAAAUGGCACAGAGAGUUGACGUCGUGACGUCGGCACUUCAGCAGCACCUUGAAGCAUCGUUUCUGCGGAGCAUCAACGCGGAUGAUCCGGCAGAGUUGUCGUCAGUGCUCCAUGUGUGUGCCACAAUUGACCGUGUCACGUCGAUGGAAGAGUUGUUUCGAAAGAAAGUGGUGGCACCUGUGUUCCGAGAUAUUGUAUCAGAAAAAGUGAUUCAGGAGUCCGGUUUGGAAGGAGUGUACAGUCAGGUGGUUCUCUUUGUCAGCACCAGGUGUCAAGGUCUUCUAAAUGUUACUGUCAGUACACCAGGAAUGGGUGACACAUCCACUGUCAGUGGGUACGACUUCCUCAGCCAUGCAGUAUGGCCAGAGCUGGCAAUGCUUCUGGAGACAAGAGCCCCUUUGGUCUUCGCUGCAGGGAACCCUGACCAGUUUCAUGCACGUUAUUCCUCUACAAUGGAGUUCCUGGACCGAUUUGAGCUCGCAUGCCGCACUGCUGAGGUGUUAAUCCGGUUGCGGAACCAGCCGUCCUAUCAGACAUUUUUGGCAAAGUGGAACUUGCCUGUGUACUUUCAGCUGAGGUUCCAAGAUAUUGCAUCUCAGUUAGAAGCAUGCCUUCUUCAGCCGUUGCAGUGCAGUAAGGCUGGUUCACAGUUCCACACAAGCUGCUAUGAAGUCUUGUGGGAGCAGCUUCAACGCUGUUGGAACCCGAAUGUGUUCCUCACUCCAUUAGCGCAUCGCUUCUGGAAGCUCACGCUUCAGCUUCUGAGCAGGCAUCGACAAUGGUUGACUGAGUUCCUGCGUGACGAAGGCGGAGGGGAUAAACAGGGUGAAAAAGGAAAAGAAGCAUCCCCAGUACCUGAGAGCACAGACAGUUUCACUGCUCCAAGGCAAGCAAACAACGAAGCAUCAGAAACUGUUUUAUUGGUGCUGCUUUCUUGUGACACCGACCUACUAGUCGAGAAGGUGAUGUACCUGUUCACCAGCAUAAUCAAACCAAAGCUUCAACGUCAAGGUUUCACAUGUUUCAAUGCACUAGAAGAGAGUAUAUCAGAAUGCAGCAUCGCCCUAAAGGAACUAGAGCCAAAUAUCUCAAAGCGAAUUGUGAAUGAUACAGCCAGAACUUGUUGUUCCCACUUGAAGCUUGUCAACGACAUUCCACGACUCUAUCGACGGACAAAUAAAGAGGUUCCUACCAAGCCUUCCAGCUACAUUCACCUGAUUCUGGAACCCCUGGUGAAAUUAAAGAGACAUGUGACAGAGACUUUGAAAGUACAGUGGAAUGCAGAUUGGACGAGGAGUGUACUGGAAGAGAUCACACAGCAGUAUCUGACGGUCACCAAUGACGUGUUGGUAUCUGUAAAGAAAAUGGAAGACAGCUUAAAGAGGUUGAAGAGGGGAAGGGACCGAACUCCAUUGCCAGAGGGGGCCGCAUCUGAUGACGACAAGAUCCGUCUGCAACUCUACUUGGAUGUCAAAUGCUUUAGCCAAAAGAUGGAAGAAUUAGGAAUUCCACAGUCCAGCGUUCCAAGCUAUGGGUCCCUUCUUGAGGUCGUAGAAGCUGCGAGAAGUUCUCCGACAUUGUGACAUAAGAGAAAGUACCGUUCCCUGCCUGCAGUGUGUAGCCAGCUCCCAGCUCAAAUACCGUGAGAAGGCUGCUUUUCUUGAGCCUGGUAUGCAACCAGCAGGGCUGAACCACUACGAGUAUUCUUUUGAGGGUGCUAAGAUUAUGUUCAAUAAUUUGGGAGGAAUAUGAGCAUUUAUGAAAAAUAUUUUAAUAAAGCUUCACAAAGUGA